AGGAGAAAAAGGAAAACUGUGAUCCUCUGAGUAGUAAGUGGUCAAACACUAUUUGCAUGCUGUUGCCUUCCUUAAGUAGAAACAUUUUGAUGGUCAUGAUGCCAAACUCUAGAAUUCUUAUUUCGUGCAUUCUAGUGACAAAAUUGUCUGGGCAAAACUGCAGCCCCAUUCUACUCACCACUGUGCACAAAUGUAAAACUGUUCCUGUCUUCUUUCAUGAUCUAAGAGGAAUACAUACAUCUAGAACAUCUCUUCUACAGUCUUAAGAUAAAUUCCCUAUUGAGACGCUGUUGGGUUUUAAAGAUUCCCUGAGAGGAGGGUAUCUUGAUGGAGGGCAAACACAAGCAAAACUGCCCUAGACUUGUCCCUUAAACAGAGCUUGCACAGGGAUAUGCUGUUCACCCUGGAUUUAAUCUGUGAGGUGUUUUACAAACAUAUUAUCCAGUUCCUUACUCCGACUAUGGUACACAGAACAUUUUAUCAUUGCGAUUUUACUCCCAUGUAUCUUCUUUUCAUAGAAGAAAUACUGGAUGAUUCAAACACAAAUACACCAAAGAAGCUGUUACAGGAUGACAAAGCAGGAUGCCUCCUCCCCACCACCUGUCCUGGGGAGCAGAGGAAGGACAUUAAAGAACUUGUCAUCCACUCCUUACCUCAAAAAGGGUGCACGCUCUGGGUGAGCACUGGAGUAGCACCAGCUAUGAAUUACAGGGCCGGGACACAGAGAGAAGAAUGAGUUGAGAGUCAGUAAGCAAAUGCUGAUAGUUUCCAAGUAAGUUAAUGCUUCUCUAGCCAAUACUUACUUUGCUUCUCUGCAUCUUAGCAGGUUGAUAACUGAGACAAUUAGGAUGUCAUUCCAAGAAUAAUACUAAGGAUUCUUAUAUACAGGGAACCAGCGGGCUGCUUCCUUGCAAAAAACAGUGGAAUCUAAUAAAAUGUAAUAUCAUUUGUAUGUGUUUCUGAACCAUCAAGUGUAAUUAUACAGCAAGAGUGUAAUUGCCACACAUUCUGUAGACCAACUCUCAAAUGCACAGUUUAGCAUUUUCUUUUAAAUCCUAUGAGUCACUGCCGAGUAGAAGAGCAGGAGAAAACAUCUCCAGGUAACAGGUAAAAGCACCUCCAGCUGGUCAUUAACAGCAUCUGAACAUACCAUGUCAGCACAUACAACUACGUCUGAGUUUAGUGGUGACACUACUGAUUGGAAACACGAAAACUAUACUGUUAUGACCGCAAAUUAAACUGCACCCACUGUCUACACACUUCCUGAACCCAUAAAGCACUGUUAUCUGUGAAAUUCAGGUUCUUUUAUUCCUGUAGCAUUUUGGGUAAAUUUUGAUUUCUUAGGAGUCAUACCAUUAUAGUUAAUAUCCUAAGGAGAAAGCUGCAACCUGCAGGGAAGAUUCAAACCUGUGACUAAGUGCCAAACCCUGAGCUAUAACCAGACACUACCUGUCAAAUGAAAUGUAGGCAUGACAUACUACAUGUUGGUCCAUAAAAAUUAAUACAACAUCUAUGCAAGCACUUGGCAAGGGAUACAAAUAAUUUCACUGUUAACCAUCUUCAUAGCACUAGGUAAGAAAACUGAUUCUGGAAAAAUAACUACACAACUAACCUAUAGCUUGUAAAUCUAUACAUCUAUUUUGCCUGCACAGUGCGAACAGCAACAGACUUCCUGCUGUGAUCCACAGAACUCUCCUUCCUAUCACGACAGAUACACAGCUUUAAUUUCACAUCCUGGAAUUCGUAGAGACCAAGAGAGCUUCCUGACUACUGGCAUCCAGAAAUGUCAAACUCCAUGAUUUAUUACACAAUGCCAUUAGAGUUCCUUAUUUAAUCCACUAUUUUCACCUUUCUUUUGGGACCCUGAAAUGCAAAUUAAAUCCCAGGACCGACACCUUUUCCAUGUUCUCCUCUAACACAUGAUUUUCCCCAUUCCUUCUGCUGCAACCUAGCACAUGGUUAGGUAGUUUGCUUGUCACUUGGAUGCCUUAAUUAAUAAAUUCACUGCACGUACCCACUAUCAACUAAGGGAACCCUAAGUCUUCUACUUUGUAUCUUAAACCCAAGUGCAUUACAAUCACAAAGCAAAUCCUCCUUCUCCUUAGAGCGUCCCAUUGAGUCCAAUAGUUUAAACUGAGGUCUGGUAGCCUAUGUGGAAAAUAUAAAAAACACAGUGUCGCAACUUAACUGGAGGUCUUAUGCCCCUGACAGGAGAAUUUAUUCUUGUAUGACCUAUGCACACUAGGUGGCAGCAUUAAGGGCGUUCCCACAGCUUAGUAGGUCCCCAGCUAAUGAAUGCGCACCUUCUGGUGUUUCUAUUAAAGCAGCCUGGACUGUUUCUCUUUUUUUUUGUUUUAAAAGUGAAAUGAAGUGGGGCUGAAAACAGGAAGAACUAAAGCAUGGAAAAGACACUAAAACAAGAAGAGAACAGUUCUGGUUUAGUAAAUCCUUGCGACACAGAUUGUUUACUAUACAGGGCUUGUACACUCUGAACUUGUACACUUCAAUGUUAACUCAGUGUUUACCACCUGUGACUGGCUUAUUGCACAUAUGUGUCAAUAUGUGUCAAAUCAAAUUAGUGACAUGGGGCAACUUAAUCCGGGCGAUCUGGGUGAUCUCACCAGCAUUUGCAGCACCACAGUUUAAUUUUAGUGGGGUGCUUAGCAUUGGCAGGGCAAUAAAUCAGGAAGAAUGCCCGAACCAUGGCACAGAUGUGGUUCUUGAAGUGAUCCAAGUUACUGGUGGCUAUUUUAUGCCCAGGCUAGCUGUGACCACAUACUACUCACUAAAGAUUAGAACCUCACUGCAUGCCAGGAAUUUUCAAAAGAAUAAAUCUCUAAAAAAAAAAAUAAAAUAAUCUGUAGUUGCCAUUCAGUCACCUUAUACUUUCUUGAGACUGACAAAGAUCGCAGACUUGAGCUUUAACUUGAACAGCAGCUUUGAAUAUGCAAUCAUCAUAACAGAAGCUCUGGAUUAUUUCCAUGGCUGUUUUACACCCUUUCUGUAUUUCUUCAUGGUGAAAUUUAGGAGGAACUUACAGAAAAUGAUGAAAAGCUCAAGAUGCAACAAGUAGCAAGUUAUGGCUAAACAGUGGCAAACUACUGGAGGGGAAGGCUCUAAAUGUUUUACUGUCUCAGAUAACGCAGAUGCAACAAGCAUGUACCCACUAUAAAACUGCUUAGAGAAUCUGGCAUCUAUUUACAGCUUCUUCCCUCCCUCCCAAUACCGAGAUACGUGGCCUGCAUGAAACAGGCAAUACAAUCCCAUUAGUAAAAACAUUGCAAUCAGCUUUAGCCCACCUA